AUGGACGCACAACUGGUUCAUCAGACAGGUCAUUGGGUAGUCCAGACGGAUUGCUCAAAUGCCUUCAACACGGGCAAGCGCACCGCCAUAAUGGCCCAGGCCGCAAAGAGCGUCCCAGAUCUCGUGGGGUACAUCGCCAGGUGUUACGACGAAAUCCCGGCAAAGGCGAUAUACACGAUGGACUCCGGAGAGCGUCGGACGAUCGAGUGCAAGAGCGGUGUGCAGCAAGGAGAUGGAAUGGGACCGCCCCUGUUCUGCUUCAUCCUAGUCCCGAUCGUCUUGAAGCUUAGAGCCAAGUACGACCACCUCGGGUGGGCAUCAUCGUCAACAUGGGGGAAGAGCUCAGCGCUUCCCCCACCAGGGCACGACGUGACGCCAGCAGAAAGGAGGCUACUUGGCGAUGCAGGCCUACCGAUUGCGGAGGAGGGCAUCACAGUUGUGGGAGUCCCCAUUGGGACGGAUGCCUACGUCGAGGAUAUCGCAAUGAAAGUGAUAACUGAAGGGGGUGCAGACAAGCUUGCUCGCAUGCUGGUGCGCAUGCCAGACAAACAGGUGGCUCACCUCGUCACAUCACAAUCGCUGACACAGCGAUCCGGAUAUAUCGAGAGAGGCAUCAAUCAUAAGCUAGUGAAAGGGGCUUGUAAACGCCUGGACAAUAUGGUGAUGUGGGUCCUAGAGGCAACGAUGGGGCUCAGAGACACCGAAGUCGAAGAAGAGUUCUUCCAAGACGACUGCCAGCCUGACCGCUUCAAGUUAAAGCCCUAUCAACAAGCCCAGGCGCGCCUGUCGACAGGAGCCGGAGGACUAGGAUUACCAGCAGCCGAUAUGCGAAGGUUCUCAGCUCCUCUGGGCAACCUAGUCGGCACCCUUCCUGCGGUUAUAGCCGCAUUACGGGGUCCAUUGGGAGAGUCGGUGAGAGUUCGGAUACCGGGAACCGUGUUGGUGGAGCGGAUGGGGGACGCUAUCAAAGAACUCAACCAGGAGCAUGGAAUAUCGGUGGAGAUUCUGAAGGGGAUCCUUCCCCCGUCAUGGGUUGAGUGGGCCUUAGAACCGACAGGAGAAACCGGAAGGCGUCAGCCCACCGUUGCAGAACUGGCAGCACACGAUGGGGAAUCUACUACGCCGAGGAAAGCCCAGCACAAACUGGGCAAGGCGAUUAACAAGAUACAACUUGAAAAGUUCAUGGAGUCUCUGGAGCACCUCCCCCAGGAGGCGGUACCACCCACGCGGGACAACCCCUACGGAGGUCAAGAGGCCAGGAACAUGGCAUACGCACGAACGAGAAGCUCGCAAGGGCAAGGGGGGCACGCGUUCCUGAGAGCGGCUCCCACCGACCGAGCUCGAGAGAUUCCAUCGAACGAAUUCGUCUACGCGACGAGACGCGCCUUGGGAGUUGAAGAAUUCUUGGCGGAAAGAUGUCCCAGGUGCCACAGAGGCAGGGAAGGCGAGAUCAUCACAACGGUGCACGCAAGGACCUGUCGAAGGGAUGGAGCACAGGUCAACAUGCACGAGCCGUUAAAAUACGCACUAUCGAGAGCACUCAACGGCCUUCGCGUCAAACACGACGUUGAAAGCGGGACACCGUUCACGGGGGAAAGAAACCUGAGCAUGGACAUCGUCAUCAGGCCAGGAGCCCUCACGAACGCAUCUUCUCCGGGGUACCGCAACAAAGGAAUACUCCUCGAUGUCACACACGCAGACCCGCAAGCACAGGUACACUUGCGGAACGGCAGCGCGACCAGCGAUGGAAUCGCAGCCCAAGCAUCCGAGGCGCGAAAGCGUCAGCACUACGCUCGUCCGGGACACGUGUCCUUUGACGAACGCAGCUUUAAACUUACCACCUUAGCCGUGGAAAGCUUUGGCCGCCUUGGAGAGGAGGGUUACGAGUUCAUCGAUGAACUUGCGACACAUGCCGUGGGAGGAAGGGACGGAGGAACGAUGGCUCUGAAAGGAGUCUUCAAGGAACGACUUCUUCAGAUCGUUUCGGUGGCUACACAGGUGGCCAUAUCUCGGCGAGUGCAGAGGUACAAGCUCGCAUUGCGCGGGCGUCAAGACGCCGAAAACAGGCGAACAAGAUCGACCUCGGACCAGUCAACGCCAAUGAUAUGGGGAUGGAGUGUAGACGCAUCGUAGAACGCGUUUUCGUUUGAAGUUGGCGUCUUGUUUGAGAGUAGAUGUGACAGAUUUGCGUAGAAUAGGGUAAGAUGUUAUCAUGAACGGAGAUGAAAGGGCUUUUCCAACACGGAGAUGUAGCAUGGAUCAAAGCAUUUGUUGGAUUUCAGCUUUUACAAGAGGACAUCAACGCAGUAGUAUUUUAGCAAGCUUACGAACGAACGCAUAUAGAUAGGAUACCAUGAGGAUUGUCAUUGGUUUUAUUUCAAGUUGAAGAGGAGAUAUUUUUACGAUGUAAGGGAUAGUAGAAAUAAGUCCUACAUGUGUUGUUGUACUUCGUAUUGGUUUAAUAUUCAUGUAGAGUAUGAGACAUUAAGUGAAAGUUUUCUGAGGUGCAUCUGCAAUUGUCGGAAGGCAAAAAAAA